AUGGCUACGAAAGCAAAACCAACAACUCAAUCAGGAGACAUGCAGCUCAAGUCGAAUUACAAUUCGAAUGAUUUCUAUGAACCGAAUGCAAGAAUAACUUAUAUUCAUCUCGAAAAAGGUCUUCUUCUCUUCGUGUAUUUACACGAAACAAGUUCUAUUCUAAAGACCAACGCUCGUAUUUACAAAAAACUAUGGACUGGUCAGAUAUGUUAUCAUUCUAUUGUUCCAAACAACUUUCACGAUCCAUAUUUCUGUUCAUUUGAUCAUUCCGAAGCGUAUGAACAAUCGAAUCUAUGUAGAGAUUGGUACAUGCGGAACUGCACCCAGAAAUCAUGUAAAAAUCAGCACUAUUUCAUACCAACCAAGGCGAAACGGUAUAUCAACAAUGAAACAGACUUGACUGUUUGGAAUUUGAUGCGUUUCAUUCGUCAAUUCUUUCGUCAUUUUAAGCAAUCAGUCAUAGACGAAGAAGAUCUUCCAGUUUUGCAUCGUGAAAUCGGUCUAAUCAUGAUCAGCAUUGUCAAUUAUGUAUGUCAAGAUACAAACAAAUCAGCAAUGUUCUUAUCGAAUUCUCUCAUCAAUCAAACGAAUAAGAAACUUCUCAAACAACUCUCGCAAAAGUCAACAUAUUCUGUACCAGAGAUAUUUCUAACUCCGGAGAAUAUUAAGUUCAGUAGUAAAUGGUACACUAAAUCAGCAGGUAGAAUUAGCAUCGAUUUUGAGCAUUUAUCGCAAGAAUUUGUCGACUAUCUAUCCGAUCAACUCGAGAAGUAUUGCAGUGAACGAUUAGAAAAUUAA